UUAUUAUUUAACUAAGAAACUAAAACCAGUUUGUUCAUUCCAGCGAGAGAACUCCAACUGAAAACCUCGAAACAAACUUACUCAGCUGAAAAUCUUAAAACUCAAACUUAUCCAACUGAAAACUUCUGAUUCAAGACAUGGAUGUAAAUAAGAUUAUAAGCAACAUUGUGGAUGGGGACUUUAAAGAUGUCGAACAACUUAUCAAAGAAAAUCCUGAAACUGUCAACCAAAUAAACUCACACAGUAAAACUUUCUUAAUGGCAGCUUGUGAACAGGGCAGCACAAGUCUAAUAGCCUUCUUGAUAGAAUCUGGAGCCAAUAUGGACAUGAGUGACAAAGCAGGUCUGACAGCAUUACAUUAUGCUGUGAAAAGAUAUAAAAUUGAUGCAGUGGCCUCCUUAGUUUCCAGGGGAGCAAAUGUUAAUAAGCAGACCUCACUGGGCAACACACCUCUACAUCUGGCUGUGAGGAAGAACUAUGAAGAUGUAGUCAAAGUCCUGUUAAGUAGCAAAGGAAAUAACAUUUUACAGGUCAAUCAGCGAAACAAUAAUGGUUGGACACCUCUACAUCUUGCCUCUAAUCAAGGACACACAGACACAGCUAAACUUCUCCUACAACAAGAUGGCACUGAUGUGAGGGUGGUGGACAACGAUGGUUGGACACCUCUACAUCGUGCCUCGUAUAAUGGACACACAGACACAGCUAAACUUCUCCUACAACAAAAUAACACUGAUGUGAGGGUGGUGGACAACGCUGGUUGGACACCUCUACAUCGUGCCUCGUAUAAUGGACACACAGACACAGCUAAACUUCUCCUACAACAAGAUGGCACUGAUGUGAGGGUGGUGGACAACGCUGGUUGGACACCUCUACAUCGUGCCUCGUAUAAUGGACACACAGACACAGCUAAGCUUCUCCUACAACAAGAUGGCACUGAUGUGAGGGUGGUGGACAACGCUGGUUGGACACCUCUACAUCGUGCCUCGUAUAAUGGACACACAGACACAGUUAAACUUCUCCUACAACAAAAUGGCACUGAUGUGAGGGUGGUGGACAACGCUGGUUGGACACUUCUACAUCGUGCCUCGUAUAAUGGACACACAGACACAGCUAAACUUCUCCUACAACAAGAUGGCACUGAUGUGAGGGUGGUGACCAACGCUGGUUGGACACCUCUACAUCAUGCCUCGUAUAAUGGACACACAGACACAGCUAAACUUCUCCUACAACAAAAUGGCACUGAUGUGAGGGUGGUGGACAACGCUGGUUGGACACCUCUACAUCGUGCCUCGUAUAAUGGACACACAGACACAGUUAAACUUCUCCUACAACAAAAUGGCACUGAUGUGAGGGUGGUGGACAACGCUGGUUGGACACCUCUACAUCAUGCCUCGUAUAAUGGACACACAGACACAGCUAAACUUCUCCUACAACAAGAUGGCACUGAUGUGAGGGUGGUGGACAACGCUGGUUGGACACCUCUAGUUAAACUUCUCCUACACACAAAUGGCACUGAUGUGAGGGUGGUGGACAACGCUGGUUGGACACCUCUACAUCGUGCCUCGUAUAAUGGACACACAGACACAGUUAAACUUCUCCUACAACAAAAUGGCACUGAUGUGAGGGUGGUGGACAACGCUGGUUGGACACCUCUACAUCGUGCCUCGUAUAAUGGACACACAGACACAGUUAAACUUCUCCUACAACAAAAUGGCACUGAUGUGAGGGUGGUGGACAACGAUGGUUGGACACCUCUACAUCGUGCCUCGUAUAAUGGACACACAGACACAGUUAAACUUCUCCUACAACAAAAUGGCACUGAUGUGAGGGUGGUGGACAACGCUGGUUGGACACCUCUACAUCGUGCCUCGUAUAAUGGACACACAGACACAGUUAAACUUCUCCUACAACAAAAUGGCACUGAUGUGAGGGUGGUGGACAACGCUGGUUGGACACCUCUACAUCGUGCCUCGUAUAAUGGACACACAGACACAUGUGAGGGUGGUGACAACGCUGGUUGGACACCUCUACAUCGUGCCUCGUAUAAUGGACACACAGACACAGUUAAACUUCUCCUACAACAAAAUGGCACUGAUGUGAGGGUGGUGGACAACGAUGGUUGGACACCUCUCCAUCUUGCCUCUAAUCAAGGACACACAGACACAGCUAAACUUCUCCUACAACAAAAUGGCACUGAUGUGAGGGUGGUGACCAAAUAUGGUUGGACACCUCUACAUCUUGCCUCUAAUCAAGGACACACAGACACAGCUAAACUCCUCCUACAACAAAAUGGCAUCGAUGCCAAUAAAGCGGACAAUGAUGGUGACACUCCUCUCCAUGUGGCAGUUCAAGGGCAACAAUAUGGUGUGGUAUCGUUGAUGCUGGCCCAGGAUUCAGUGAAACUGGAUAUCGAGAAUCAUAAGAAAUGACACCAUUGAUGGAAGCCGUUUCAGGGUU